AUGGAAAAGCAGCCUUUACCAACAGACGAUGACAAAACAGAAACCACAGAGGCCGAGGUUGAGCUCUACACUGGUGCUGAGAGCCAGCAGGGCCCGCCUGAGCCAGCCGCCCGAGCAGGAUGGAACAGUAAAAUAGAGUAUUUUUUAGCACAAGUGGGAUUCAGCGUUGGGCUCGGCAACGUCUGGAGGUUUCCGUAUUUGUGUCAUCAAAAUGGAGGAGGUAAAAUCUUACAAGAUGUGCCCCUAUAAAUUCUUAACUUUUACCUUAUUUCCCUGCUAGAUUGUUACCAGGGUCUACCGCCAUUCCUUUACAGCAAUUUUUACGCUGUCGGAUAAAUCACAAGCCGUCAGCUACACUCAAACUAGUUGGAAGUGUAUUUUAAAGUUUUUUUGGGGGUCCUUAAUUUGACAGCUUAGGACAGUGGAAAGAGCAGGAAUUGUUGAGAGAAAGAUCAGUCUACAACACAGAAUAUCUUCUUCCUUUCCUUUAAAUGAAUUUAUAUUGUUGCAACACAAAUUGUGGAGUUUAUCUGCUAACUGAGUGCUUGUCACAUUUUUACCUCAGGGGCUUUCCUGUUGCUGUAUGUGCUGCUGAUGCUGGUGGUGGGCAUCCCUCUUUUCUUCCUGGAGCUGGCAGCCGGUCAGGCCAUCCGUCAAGGCAGCAUUGGCGUGUGGAAGUACAUCUCCCCGAGGCUUGCAGGGAUUGGAUACUCCAGCUGUGUGGUGAGAAACUAAGUGUUAAUGACUGGCCCAAGAAUUGAAACUUUUAGACUGUUUAGUGUUUGUCGUCACUUGUUUGUAUCCAGAGCUGAAAUGCAGUGAGGUGCUCUUGGUUUUCAAGAAAAAAAAAAAAAAAAGCAGAAUCUGCAGAGAGAGCAAGCCAUGAUUUUCUGUAAACUCUCAUCUCUCAAGGCCGUCAGUUAAAAUGUUGUGUCUGUUUUCAUCAGAGAGAUGAGUGGGAACUCGUUUUGGCAAAGCCACACAUCAUUGUCUUUUGACAUCAAUAUUAUUGUUUCCUAAUCUUCUCAGGUGUGUUUCUUUGUGGCCCUUUACUACAAUGUGAUCCUGGCGUGGAGUCUUUUCUAUCUCGGGAACUCGUUUCAGAACCCUUUACCUUGGGAAGAGUGUCCAAAAGAAGGGAAUAUUACAGGUAAACGUGAGGCAUCAAAAGACAUGAGAUGCGGUUAUUUGUUUUUAAAAGUCAAAUCUGCUAAAGCAUCAUCUCUUUUCUUUCUUACAUCAGUGACAGAAUGUGAAAAGAGCUCUCCAACGUCCUAUUUCUGGUACCGCAAAGCUUUGGAUAUCACAGACUCCAUUGAUGAGACUGGUUCUUUCAACACGUACAUUGUCUGCUGUCUGCUGGCCGCCUGGACCAUCGUGUGCCUGGGAAUGUUCAAGGGGAUCAAGAGCUCCGUCAAGGUAGCUAUGAUCCUGGAAACAGUUGGUGUUACAAUAAAGAGUCGUAAACAGGCCGAGUGUAAUUUGGGGUGAGUUCAGCUGAAGACUUAACCUUACAUAACAAAAAUACGAAGAAUAAGAGAAGCCCCUGUGCUACAGGGAAACGCCAACUCAUUGAGAAAAUCGUGGCGCUUUGGGCAAUCUCAGUUUGGUCAAAUCCUGGUCAUGUGUUUGGGCUUAGAUUUCAUUGUUUGACACGGCUGGAAUGUCUGGCUUAGUUAUUGACCUACUACAGGUAUCCACAUUAUGAGUUCAAACAACAGUAGAAAUGUUGUUGAUUUGUGUUGUUCUUGCUUUUACUGUUAAAAUCAACCAAUUUUAGCUUCUCAAUCAAAAGAUUUCCUCCGAGUUCUCUCAGGAGGUUGUUAGAUUGACAAAAAAUGUCUGUCAUUGGUUUGUGUUUUCUUAACAGGAAUUUAUCCCUGUUGAAGAAGACACAAAAAAUAAGUGUGUGAGGGGAGCGCUACUGUUAAUGCUCCAGAGAGGUUUGUUCUGCUCAGGCUAUAACAGGAAGUGUCUACAUUUCCUGCUUUAAACAAAUUACUCUCUCUCUCUCUCUCUCUCUCUCUCUCUCUCUCUCUCUCUCUCUCUGUAGGUAAUGUAUUUCUCCUCCAUCUUCCCCUACGUGGUGCUCUUCUGCUUUCUGGUCCGAGGACUCCUGCUUGAUGGUGCCUCAGAGGGGAUCGCCUACAUGUUCUACCCCAAGGUAUUUUCCCUGAGAACAUCUGGUAGGUUGUCAAGAAGUGGUACAGAUUGGAAAACUCCCCUGACUCGCCUGUUAUUCCUGCUUUAUAUUCCAGCUGGAGAUCUGGGCAGAUGUGCAGGUGUGGAGGCAGGCAGCCACUCAGGUCUUCUUUGCUUUAGGCCUUGGCUUCGGGUCCAUUAUUGCGUAUUCCUCCUACAAUCCUAAGAACAACAACUGCCACCGUGAUGCCUUCACUGUCUCCUCUAUAAACUUCCUCACGUCUGUGCUGGCCACUCUGGUGGUGUUCGCUGUGCUCGGCUUUCGUGCCAAAGAGAAGGUUACAGCGUGUGUGGUCAGGUAUGUCUAUUUGGAGGUUUUUUGUGCUCUUUCUGUGAUUGUUGCAGCCUCUGGAAGCUUUUCUCAAAAGUUGUGACAUUUUUUGGCAUUUUUCUUCAUAACAUUUGCACAUCAACUGGAACAAACACUCCUGUAAAGCUUUUAGCUCAGCAGGCUUAGCAGGCUUUCAAUCUCCACAUAUUUGAUUUAUGUGCCACAGAAAGUGUAAAAAAUAAAAGGAGCCAAAGUGAAUGACAAUGAAAUGCUUCUAACUAUAUAAACCGUGCUCACAAUCACAUACACCUUUUAACUUUGAGUGUUUUUCUUUCACAGUAAUAUGAAGGAACUGUCGGAGCAGUUUCGCCAAGGUUUUGUGGACCAAACCCUGAUGCCAACAUUUGACUAUUCUGAUCCCAGUUCUGUGGUCCUGGAGGACUACAACACCUGGUUUAAACAGCACGGACUCAUGGUCCCUGGAAAUAUGACCGAAUGUAACCUGGAAAAAGAGAUGCAGAAGGUAAAUAUUUGUCACAGAAAUUUUGGACUGUCUUAAGUUGACGUUAGUGGAUUCCUGUUCAGGUGUGUUGUUUGCAGAAGCUAAAGCUUGUUCUUGUUUGUGUUCAGGGUGUGGAGGGCACAGGCUUGGCUUUUAUUGCCUUUACAGAGGCCAUGUCACUCCUGCCUGGCAGCCCUUUCUGGUCAGCGCUCUUCUUCCUCAUGUUGCUCAACUUAGGACUCAGCACCAUGUUCGGCACCAUGGAGGGUAUCCUCGCACCCCUCACUGACCGCUUCAAAACUCUGGCCAACAACAAGACCAAACUGACAAGUAAAUACCUUUCUGUACUUGAUAAGCUUUUACUCGAGUCUCAGCUAGGGCUGCACGAUAUAUCGUUUGAGCAUCGUCAUCGCGAUGUACGUGUACGCAAUAGUCACAUUGUAGAGCCUGCGAUGUCGGAGGCGAAUGAACUCCUAAUUUCAGGGGUAGCUGACUGACAUACACUGCAUUUGACUCUGCAUGUUACUGUGCAUGUGCUCUGCAGCGAUCCAUCAACCACAUUCAUUCUUUACUCAGUUGCUACCCUGCCAGCUGUCAAUCAAAAUCUGAGUGGAGGAAACCACGCCCCUGCGCAUGAAGUUAGUCGCUGGUGCUUCCGGUGUUGUGCCGAAAAACGUGUGCCUGCCGAGAAUAACUUUCGGAACAUUACUCAUCACUGUUUAGCCCCAUAAAUAAGAAUUGUAUGGGUUUUAAAUUGUAUAUUUCCGUGGACCACUCUACUAUAAGCGGUGUGCGUUUCCACGAGGUGCAUGCAAUUCUAAAAGCUAAAAAUAUCUCUAAGACAGACAGAAGCCAUUCUACUAACAUUCACAAAGAGAGGUAAGAUUAGUGCAGGUUAAAUGUUAAAUGAUUUCAGCAGUGCAGCAUGGCAUAAAGUACUAUUCAGGUUAUCUGGUGAAAAUUUCCUGUAUUUUUUUAUAUUGCAGUAUACAGUAUAUCGCAGGGUUGAAAAAAAUUGCAAUGUAAUUUUUUUUCCAAUAUUGUGCAGCCCUAGUCAGCCUAACUUCAUGGAAAGUUUUCUGCCUUAUUUCAAUCAAUCAAACUUUAUUUAUAGAGCACUUUUCAUACACGGUCAUACGACACGAAGUGCUUUACACACACAUACAAAAAAAUAGAAACAUAGACAAACAAUUGCUCUGUUUUUGAGUUUAAACAGGAGAAGUCUCCUCUCUCCAGUCCUUGGUUGUGUCUGCUGUCUUGAAAGUAGUGUAUUUGUCAUGACAUGUCUGUUUUGUCUGUCUGCUGCAGUUUUCAGCUGCAUCAUCGGCUUCAUAAUCGGCCUGCUCUUCACCCAGCGCUGUGGGAACUACUUUGUAAUGAUGUUUGAUGAUUACUCAGCCACUCUUCCUCUCAUCAUCGUGGUGGUUUUUGAGACUUUCAGUGUGUCUUGGCUCUAUGGAGCUGACAGGUGAGCUUUAUUUCAUGUCUGUGUUCCUGCCUUAAUCCUAAAAGCCUUCACUGUCGUGUAAAUGUCAGCUCAUUAGGGUUUUUUAAGGAUCUUCCCUGCGGUUUACAUACUCUCUCCCUAAAUCUAAAGGUUCCUUGACGACAUUGAGGGAAUGCUGGGCUGGCGUCCCAGUGUGGUUUACAAAUACUUGUGGAAAUAUAUCUGCCUCCUUGCUAUGGUGGGUCUGCUGGGAGCCACAACCAUCCGCAUGUUCAUCAAACGUCCCACUUAUGUGGCCUGGAACGAAGACCUGGUAGGAGAAACACAAGCCUCUUUCACAUAUGCACCCUGAAAUUUUUCAAAGUAACUCAUUCACACACAUCUCUCAAAGCAUUAAGUUUUGCUUGACAGUCCAAAGGGAGUUUCUUGUUUGGGGGGUGGUUAGAUACUGGGAAGCAGUACAGUGCACCAAAAGUAUGCAGUGGAUGCCACAGUAACGGUGUGCCUGCUGAAAACGAUGCUGCUUGGCUGAAAAAUUCUCCCCGGUGCCUCUCAUACUCUGCUGCUCAUGAGCUCACUGUUUGCUGAAAUUUUACCAGAGGAUGGGUUUACACUCAUGCAACUAGAGAUGCACCGAUCCAUUUUUUUCCGAUCCAAUCCACUACUGAUACCUGGGCUGAGCGUAUCGGCCUAUAUCCGGUUCCAAUCAAUUACUACUGUUGAAUGAGUGAACUGUAUACCUCGCCCUGUGAGUGAAGGCAUCAGGCUUGUCAUUAGCCCCGUUAAAAAAAACUGUAACAAAUUAACACAGAUAUAAAUUUACUUAAAAUUAUUUAUGAACAAAUUGCACAUUAGCACAUAGCAAAAAGAAGUAAGACUUCCAUCCAAUAAAAAAAAGUGAAUUAAAAGGGGAAAAAAAGACUGGAUCAAUGUCAUUCAUCAGAAAUCCAAUCCAGUUAAUUUGUCAAUAUUGGAGCCGAUGUCCGAUCAAAAUGUAAGGUUCAGUGCAUCCCUACCUGCAACCCAUCCUGAAAAAUUUGUGAAAUUUUCCGGAGUUUGGAGCAUUUGUGAAUACAGCUACUCAGGCAAAAAACCCUUAACAUGGAGGAAAAGAGCUGUAGGGAUGGUUAUAAUUGGUAUACCUGUUUGUUUGUGGAGUCCGAAGCAAUAUCUCCAUCACACUCCAAAAGCUUUGGGAGUUGUAGUCAUCGGACAUGUUGCUGCAUGAGUGAGAAAAACAGCUGUGUAGUCAGCACCUUAAAAAUGAUUUAAUGAUAAAUAAAAAGGCACUGUUAGUCCACCCACUCUUGCUUCUCUUUCAGUUCAUAUUUAUAAUAUCUGCUUCAUCAAUAUUUCAAGUUUACCUUGUUUAGGUUCUUGAAUAAUUGAUUCGUUCCUUGUUUUUCAGGCUUCUGAGGAAACCCUGGAGUACCCUGGCUGGGCCUUGGCAGUUCUGGCCGUCCUGAUCAUAUUCGCAGUGGCACCCGUCCCACUGGGCCUGAUCCACGCCGUUCUGCAGGACAGAACAAAGAAAGCAGCCAGGGACACAGAGAUCGGUCAGUACAGCAUUGUCAGCACUGAUGAGAAGUGUGACACCCCGAUGACGGACAUGUCAGUGCUGGACCAAUUGAAAGACACCGCUGCUUCCUCUUAA